AUGGCGAGUAGUACUGCUAUAGCACGUAACGUUGUGGGCAUUAUUGGCAAUAUCAUCUCUUUCGGCCUUUUCCUCUCACCAACGCCAACGUUUUAUGGGAUAAUAAAGAAGAAGGGGGUGGAAGAGUUCAAGCCAGAUCCUUAUCUGGCAACAAUACUAAACUGUGCGUUUUGGGUGUUGUAUGGAAUGCCGUUUGUGCAUCCUCACAGCAUUCUGGUGCUCACCAUCAACAGCGUUGGACUUGUGCUCGAGUUUGUUUAUGUCAUCAUAUUUUAUAUCUACGCCACCAAAAAGGGAAGGAAGAAGGUAUUGGUGUGGCUUUUGGUGGAAGCUGUGUUCUUCACCGCCAUUGUUCUGAUAACAAUGCUGGCACUUCACGGCACCAAAAGAAGGUCAUUGAUCGUUGGUGUUCUCUGUGAUGUUUUUAAUGUCAUGAUGUAUGCCUCUCCUCUCACCAUCAUGGCAAAGGUCAUAAGAACCAAGAGUGUGAAAUAUAUGCCAUUUUGGCUGUCGGUGACUAACUUCUUAAAUGGUUUGUGCUGGACAACAUAUGCACUCAUUCAUCCAUUCGACAUUUAUGUCUUGAUUAGUAAUGGGCUGGGAGCAGUUUCUGGCGCUUUUCAGCUCAUAUUAUAUGGAUGUUACAGUUCUUGGAGAGAGGAAGAAGCCGUUUCAACGCCAAAUCAUAUCCAGAUUUCUAAUGUCGUCGCGGAUGCAACAAGUGUCAACGUGUGA